ACAGAGGUUGCCUUGGCUUUUCAGCUUGGUGCUAGCUUGCUCGUACGGUAAUAGUUAAGUGCUCGCUCGUACCAUGGAAGUAGCGGCUCCACUCUGUUUUAACAUGAAGAGGUACAAGAGGAGGAAGAAAUACAAGAGACUGAGACGCAUUGCUUCCGUUAAAGAAAAUGAGAAGAAGGGCAGCUGGAAGGUAAAAAUUCCGGAAGAGAUCAUUUUGGGAAUGGAGCCUCUGAGAAAGUGCAGGGACGCAUACAUGAAGACGAUGGUUUAUCUUGCUGAACAUGUUCAGCAGUUGAACAAUGACGAAGUUUACUUGUUUAAGAAGGUUCCCAGGGCUCGCCAUAUCUGAGUUCUUAAUUUUUAAGCUUAUAUGCAACUUACAGUGCUUAAUUUUCUAGGUGAUAUUUGUAAUAAGGUGACUUUUGCACCCACUUUUAUACGAUCUAUUUGUGUUGUGAUAUCUGAUAGUACUGUUCUAUUGAGUAUAUUUUGUUUGUAUUAAUUGUAUUAGCUACAUUGUAUGCAAUAAUUUGACCUUGAUUUUGAAUCAAGGUUUGCUAAGUGAUGUUAAUAAAAUCUCGUAUGUUUA